GCGCAACUCAACAGCCAAAACCAGUAAAUAUUCAAGUCCAUGAACAUUUAAACUGUCAAAAAAAGUCACCGCACUAAAGCCAAAAUCACGACAUGGUUCGUAUCAAGGAGCGGUAUCUACUAGUGAAUAUCCUCUACCCCGACGCGCUCAAGGACGUCAAACCAAACGAACCGGACCUCGCCGUCCUUCACAAGCCAACGACAAACGACUUGACACCCCAGGCCAUCCUGAGAGCAAUUAGGGAACAAGUCAGAAUAUUGUUUGGAGACUACGGGUCUGGUCUUAUUGAGCGAAACCUCUUGGUCAAAUAUUUGUCCAAUGCCACUUCAACAUUUAUCCUUCGUGUCCAUCGGGAGCAAUAUCGCCUCGUAUGGGCGGCCCUGACUUUUAUGGAUGACCUCCCCAUCAAGAACGGGCAAACCUGCACCUUUCGUGUUGUCCACGUCGGGGGCACGAUGCGGAAGGUUGAGACAGCUGCGAUAAGGCGGCACAAGGCGCUGAAGCUCGCUGUCGAAAAGCAAAUGGCUGGCAAAGAGUCUGACGUGCUGGACACGCUUUUUGGCUCAAGUGGUUCUGUCCAGCGCAUGCAGGGUGUGGUUCUUGACGCUGAUGAUGACGAUGAAAGCGCCGGCGAGGGGGACGAGGAAGAGGACGAGGAUGACGGCUGAUCUUCGUCCAAACCUACAACUGAUCCCAGGGUUGCCAUCUCAGCCUUCACUUCUUUGUUCGAGUCACUGUAAUGCCGCUGUCUGGGAACCGAGCACCUGGGCCUCCCAUCAAGUCAUCGUCGCCCUCUUCAGCAGCUGCUGCAUCGGCUUCGGCCAUGGCUUCUUGUGCCUUGACCUGUUCCUCCCAUUCACGCUGCUCCAUCUCGUCAUAAGCCUCUUUGUUAUCGAUCCAGCGCUCCUGGAUAUCUUGGACCCCCAUCAGGGAGCCCUCGUUGCGCAUGGCUACUUGCCAAACGGUGUCGUUGGCUCCCUCGGCCCCACCAAAAACGUACCCGUUGGCACGAUCGAGGACCCGGAGCAAAUGCAUCAUACUUUUCUUAUUCUCGACAGCCAAGACUUCGAACCGGACGAGCCCAAAGUCUUCAAUCAAGUUUGCGACGGCUCGGUUUAGCUUGGCGAACUUUUCGCUGCGUAGCGACGGAUUCUCGGCUUCGAGCUCGGGGAGGAGGUACGAAAGAUCGUGGACCUCGGUAUAAAAGUCGAGGUUGAAGGCUAGUCUGUCAUAUGAAGACACCUUGUCGAUUUUGGUGAGGACAUUGACAUGGGAAAGAUCCAUCUGGAGCAUGGCGCGCAAAGCGAGGAGGAGAUUCGAGAUGUACAACGAUGGUUGAGUGAGGCAAAUGCUGUCCGAGAGGUGAACAACCACAAGCUAUAGCGAGACAAUUUCAUCUGUCAGCCGCUGUCUUCACGGGAUGUCAUGCCAUCCUCAUCCCCCGGGGCGGAUCUUUGGUGGACAAAUCACGUACUCUGUAGCCGAGCUUUUGUAACUUGAAGAAGAUAUUGCGCAAUGAAUUGUGAUGUGUGUACAGCUCGACCUGGCCCGGGCAGUCGAAUAGUAUGUAGUCGUCCCCAAGCUCUUUCAGACCAUCUUCCAACCACUCAAAGUUAUGCUCCA